CGCAGCACGCCGGGAGAAAAACAGAGUGGCUAUUGUUAGCAGGUAGUGUCAGAGUUUAUCUCACACUCGCCUCCUACCUGUUGAAUAUUUACUCAAUUAAUUUGCAAACGGGGGCCGAGUCACUGUCCAAGAACAAAGUCAAACCUCCUCAGCAGUCGGCAGGUGCGGAAAAGGAAAGACGGCGCGUGAGCAGCGGAAGAAAAGAAGGAAGUGAAAUUAGGGGAAAAAAACAGGACCGCCGCGGUGCCAGGAACUCAACAGGUUAGCUACUUCGAUGUUUUAAUAGAAGCUCGGACUUUUCUACAGCAAAAGAAACGAAGGCCCCCCCCCCCAAAAAAAAAGAAAAAAAAAAUGCCGUUGGGACCAUGGAGAAAGAAAAACAAAUCAACGAAGGAGCAUUUGGUAGAAAACGAGGAAGUAAGCGGCGGACCAGCUGGGAUUUUAGGUAAAUCCCCCGUGAACGGCGCGGGGCUGCCGCCUCCACCUGCCAACCUGCGGCCCAAGCUGGUGUUCCACACGCAACUGGCCCACGGAAGCCCCACCGGCAGGAUCGAGGGAUUUACCAACGUCAAGGAACUGUACGCCAAAAUAGCUGAGGCUUUCAAUAUGAGCCCACCGGAGAUUCUGUUCUGCACUCUGAACACACACAAGAUUGACAUGGACAAGCUGCUGGGUGGCCAAAUCGGACUUGAAGAUUUUAUCUUUGCCCACAUUAAAGGAAUCAAAAAGGAGGUGGAGGUGUUCAAAUCUGAGGAUGCUCUGGGUCUCACAAUCACUGAUAAUGGUGCAGGCUGCGCUUUUAUAAAGCGAAUAAAGGAGGGCAGCGUUGCGGACGGAGUGAAGUUGAUCUGCGUUGGCGACCACAUAGAGUGCAUUAAUGGACGUAACGUUGUCGGGACGCGGCAUUAUGAGGUUGCCCGCAUGCUUAAAGAGCUUCCUAAAGAUACACCAUUCACCCUCAAGCUCAUUGAACCUAUGAAGGCCUUUGAAAUGCUCGAGCCCAGAUCAAAGGGUGCCAAACCCACCAAUGACAACAGGAUUGGCACAGGGAGAGAGACUUUGAGACUUCGCUCCAAGGGCCCCGCUACGGUUGAGGAGGAGCCAACAGAAUUUGAGGAGAAAGCAAUAAAGAAAGUGGAUGAUCUCCUGGAGAGCUACAUGGGCAUCAGGGACACUGAACUUGCUGCUUCGAUGGUAGAGGUUGGCCGUGACAAAAAGAACCCAGAUGAGUUUGCCAUGGCACUGGACGAGACCCUUGGAGACUUCGCCUUUCCGGAUGAGUUUGUUUUUGAUGUUUGGGGGGCAAUAGGUGACGCCAAGCAUGGAAGAUUCUAGUUUUUCCUCCUCAAAACACACACACACACACACACACACACCUCAACACUUACUGUACUCAGAAGCCAAUGGGACAAACUUUGCCAGCAUAAAUGGCUUUGGCAGAAGUGUUCUUAUUGUCACACUACUCUUUUAAGUGCAACUUUACACUUGAAUGGUCUUAAUAAGGUUAAGUAAAAUGGGUGUACCACCAUUUUGGUGCAGUUUUCCAAAGAUACCCCCUGGAGCACAGUUCCUAAAUGUAGACCUGCCUUUAAUUCCAGAUAGUCUCUGAACUAUUUGUAACAUUAUCUUAGUGUAGUUGCGUCUUACGGGAGCGCGCUCCAUCAGGACAGCAAAACUAGUUUACAUGUCUCUUUAAUGGUACGUUCACACCUCUGAAAAGGCAACAUAUUUUUAGAAUCACAUUUUACAGCUGUGUACAUUCCUCACACAGGUUUUUAUAGGAGUUUGAUGUGUUAGGGUGCUGCUGUUUUUAUCGCAGCAGCAUUGUGUAAUUAGUAUAAUUGUAAAGAUUGUAGCAAUAUUUCAAACACGUUGUUUUUUUUCCCCCCGAUGACCUCAUGUUUUAG